UUAAUUUUAAUUUAAAAAGCUGUUUUCUAACGAUUUGAGUCCAGUUUGUGUACAGAUUGUGCGAUGAGUGCAUUUCCGACAAUGAGGCAGCAAUGGAUUUUAUUAUUUUUGGUGGUAUACGGGCACCUGAUAGGUGCUAAUCCCAUCGUAUCCGGAAACUCUGUGCUUACUGAAUUCAUAAUUCUACACAAUAAUGACAUGCACGCGAGGUUCGAGCAGGUGAAUAAAAAUGGAGGAGCUUGCACUCCGGAGGAUGUCAGCAGGGACAAAUGUUUCGGCGGCUUCGCACGUAUUGCCCAUGUAGUGCGAAAAUAUCGAGAAGAGGCAAAGAACGGAGGAGCUGCAGCACUAUAUUUAAAUGCAGGCGAUACCUACAGCGGAACCGUGUGGUUCAUGGUCUUCAAGGACAAAAUUGCCAGCACCUUGCUCAAUAAACUUCAUCCGGAUGCUAUGUGUCUAGGGAAUCACGAGUUCGAUCUGAAGAUUGAAGGACUUGUGCCGUUUCUUAAUGCUGUAAACUUUCCGGUGCUGGUCUCGAACGUGGACUUCUCCAAGGAGCCCGAAUUGGUGGCCACCAAUAAACUGAGCAAUUCAACAAUUCUUGAGGUAAAUGGCACUAAAGUUGGCCUUAUAGGAUACCUCACGCCGAAAACGAAGGAAGACUACAUCAACAAGGUGGAGUUCAGUGAAGAAACCGUGUCCAUCAAUGCUGAAGCACAGAGGCUAAAGGAUCAAGGCAUCAAUAUAAUAAUUGCCUUGGGACAUUCUGGUUACCACAAGGAUCAGGAGAUUGCCAGAAACUGCCCCGAUAUUGACAUAGUAAUCGGAGGUCAUUCGCACACGCAUCUAGACUCCAAUCAACCCGUCGCUGACAAGGACGACACCCAUCCCGAAGCGGUUAGAGGACCCUACCCCACCACGGUGGUGCAACCAAGCGGCAAAAAGGUGCCCGUCGUGCAGGCCUACACAAGCACAAAGUAUUUGGGCAAGCUACAUGUUCAGUUCGAUGCCAAUGGCGAUUUAAUCAAGUUUGAUGGCGAGCCGCUGCUCCUGGAUGCUUCAGUGCCGCAGGAGCAAGAUUUCUUGGAUUUACUUGAUGUGUAUCGUCCCAAUAUCACCGCCAGAGGAGAACAAAUUAUUGGCCACACUAAGGUCUACCUAGAGGGCGGCAAUAUGUGUCGAUUAAGAGAAUGCAAUCUUGGUAAUAUGAUUGCCGAUUCCAUGGUCUACGCUCGCAUGCUGGAGAACAAGGGCGGCGAAUACUGGACUGAUGCGGCGAUUGCCUUGAUCUCAGGAGGUGGUAUACGCACCUCAAUUAGUAAGAAUGCCGAAGGUUCUAUUACUUUCAGGGACAUGUCGGAGACCAUUCCCUUUGAGAAUCGUCUAUUUGUGACGCGCAUUACCGGAAAAACAUUGCUCAACGCCCUGGAGCUCUCGGCCUCAAUCAGGAACCGGGACUCAAACGGCGGCUUUCAGCAGCUCUCUGGCAUUCGAGUCGAGUACAACUACGACUUGGAAGAGGGACACCGAGUGACCUCCGCUCUGAUUCGUUGUGCCGAAUGCAGUGUGCCUUCCUAUCUGAAUCUCAAUGAAUCGGCCUACUACAAGGUUGUUGUGCCGGAGUUUUUACUGAAUGGAGGCGAUGGCUUUCACCUGAUUGAGUCGAAGGAUCCGUUCACUGAGCUCUUGGAACAAGACGACAAAGGUGCCCUACAACAGUAUCUACAGGGUACACAUUUUGUUUAUCCUGCACUAGAGGGUCGCAUAGUUAUAAAAAAAUCCAAUUAGUUACAAAGUUCCUAAACAAAUAGAAUAUAUUCAAAUAUGUUCAAAGUUUUUCAAAAUUUUUGCACAAACUCUAUUUUAUGACCACAAAUUGGAAAUACGCACUGAGAACGUCGUUUCCACAGACCGUAAAAUCAUAUCUCCAAUAACUUUUCUGGACAAUAUAUAUAUAUAUAAAACAUAUCUAAAAUAUAUAUCGAUUUAAUAGAGUUUUGUAUUUGCGCAAAA